AUGUCGCUUUGCGACGUGUUCUUCCAGCAGGUGUGCUGCUGCCGGAAGGUCAGCGCGGCGUGCGCCGGCAACAUUGUGGCGGAGGAAGAGCCGCUGCUUGGAGCGGCGCAGGAGCCAGAGGGGCCGUUGCUCAUGAUGGCUGAGGGCGAAAUGCAGGUGGCGGGGAUUGUGCCGGAGGAUGAGCAAGGUGACCGCUGCUGUGACAUGCCUUCGCACGCCGCGCGCGAGAUCGAGACAGGUGAUGCCUCCGACGGCGCCACACCAGCUGACCAGGAGAUGGAGGGUGGCAACGAAGGUGACGGCUGCGACAGCGUUGCAGCGACACCGCUGGCAGAGGGUGGCGGAACAGGUGAAAGCUGCCCUGUAGAUGAGAUUCCCCAGAGGGGCGAGACAGGUGAUGUUUCCGACAGCACCGCGCAUCCGCAAGAGCUAGUGCUGGCCGCGAUCGGCGAAGCAGGUGAUUGCGCGGCCGGCGCUGAGGGCUUUGCGCAUCUCAAAGCAGAGGCUUCGGAGUGCAGAAACCAAGGUGUUUCGGAGACGUCAAGGAUGUCUGAGACGGACAAGAAGUCGGACGAGCCAGCACCACGCGUGGACCUCCCAGCUCUCUCAAAGAGCGCUUUGGGGGCAGCGCAGACGCCGCCGCCACCUCCGCCUGUUCGAGAGCGCGUGCUGCGCUUUGUCUUCACCCGCCUGGGCUUGGCGCCCUAG